UGAUAACGCAAUACACCAUACACAUAAAUUUAUAAUAUUCACUUUAUGUUUUCAUUAAUUUUAUUUGGAAAAAAUGGGACAGGAAAGAAUCCCCUGUGAAUUUGACGAAUCCUACUCGGAAAGGUUCGUUACGGCCGGAGAAGGAUACAAGAGUCAGUAUUACCUUAGAAGCAUGUCGAAGCUCCAAUCCAUGAAAAAAUUAUUGCUUGAAACCAUAAAAACAAAAUGGUCAAACCUAAAAAUUAGUGAAUCUGAUCCGGAAGCCUAUAAAUUAGUGGAAUCCAUCAACUAUGUUAAGGGCAAGUGUGUAGUAAUAGGGACGGUUUUUAAGCAAAUGAAGUAUCAUCCGACACCCUUGGAUGAAUAUAUACAAAAGUUUGAUAUUAAGGUUGAGGAAAAAUCAGAAUAUACAGAUGAUGAGGAUUACUUAUUCCUGGAAGACCAUACUCAGCGUUUAAUUCUUGUAGGAAAUUGCAUAAACCCUCACAAAUUCGUAUCCGGACUGGUAAUUGCAGUUAGAGGAUACAUGAAUGAUGAGAAUAAAUUCGUUACUGAGGAUUACACACUCCCAGAAAUUCCAGAUUCAUUGACCCUUUACAACAUAAAGCAGGAAGAGGAGAAGUUUAUCGCACUUAUAAGCGGGCUUGAAAUGAGCGGAAAUGAGCUAAAUUACAAGAGUUUGUUACUGUUGCAGAACUUUUUACUUGGAGAAAGUAAUAGUGAAUACAACAAAAGACUAGUAAGACUAGUAGUGGCAGGGAAUGGAAUUGGGAGAUGUGAUACUGAGUCUUUGAAAAAAUCUGACCUGUUCUACGCACAAUUGGCAUCUACAAUUAACGUCGAUCUUAUGCCAGGGUCACUGGAUCCAACCAACAGUAACCUGCCUCAGCAAGUAAUUAAUCCGAUUCUGAUGGAAAAUAGCAGAAGAUAUGGUACUUUCAGGUCCACAACUAACCCCUACUUCUUCUCAAUUGACGGAGUUAGAUUUCUAGGUUUAUCAGGCCAAACAGUGGAAGAUAUCUGUAAAUUCAGCAGACUUUCAGAAAUUGAUGCACUGAAGCUAGUUGCAAGUUCAAGGUGCAUUGCUCCUACAGGAACUGAUAGCCUUCCGAUACACUCUGAGUUGGAUGUGUUCAACCUUACAGAAGAUUCCGAGUAUCCACAUGUUUUUUUUACGGGAAACUGUAAAGAGUUUGAAGUAGGAGAUUUUGGAACCUCAGGAUCCACAAAACUGCCAAAAUUAGUCUGCGUGCCUUCCUUUAAGAGGGAUCCCACGCUGGUGCUCAUUUCUCUGAGGACCUUGGAAGUUACACCCUUAAAAUUAACAUAAAUUAUUUUAAUUUUCAUCUAAAUU